CUUCUCUCUUCUUUUAUCUUUUCUUUCUUCCCAUCUUUUUUCUUCCCUCUUCCAAUCCCUUAAACACAUAUUUUAUCAAUCCCAUCUCUAUUGUCAGUAAAAUCAGUCAUGGAGCUUCAGCCAGAUCAUCCUACUAAAGUCGAGCCUGUGCUUGAGGGGCAAAUCCCUGCACCACGCGAACGGAGCAGCAGUGAUUCACCAAAGUCUAGCCUUGAGAGCAAGAUCCAUUCUUCUGAUCACUCUGCAUACAUGUCGCCACGUCUGAAGAGCAUCUUGCUUUGGGAGAAACCCGUAGUAUCGGCAGCUCAUCUCGCUACGGCACUGACAAUGGUGCUGCUGUGCCGAUGGGUUUCACUAUUGAAUUUGGUCUGCGGCCUAUUUGUUAUAGGAAUUUCUGCCUCUUUUGCCUAUGUUAAUGGCAUGUUGCUUCUCGGUCGUGUGACUAACAAGCCAGCUACUUCUCGACCACUUGGAAAGUACUACCAGCGUUCAGCCGAAUUUGUGCACGUUGAGGCAGAUGCUCUUCAUCGCCGUGUAGGUUUUGUCACUGAUGGUUUGAAUGUUGUCAUCACCGAGCUCGCCAAAGUAGUGCUUAUUGAGGACAAUAAGCGCAGUUUGAAGUUUAUGGGCAUUUUUUACGCCAUUUGGACUCUGCGAACCUGGUUCUCGACAACCACACUCCUCUCAGCUGUUUUGAUCUCGCUCUUCACUUUCCCUCGACUAUACAUUGAUAAUCAGACUCUGAUUGACAGCCAUGUUGCCAAGACUUCCGAUCUGGUGCAAGAGCAAGUCGGCAAGGGUCGCCAGAAAGCUCAAGAACACUUGAGUUCUGUCUACACCAAGGCUGAGCAGUUUGCUCAGAGCAAGGGUCUAAUGAAGAAGGCUCAGAAAGCUGAGUAAACAAAUUAACAUGUUCCAUUUGUAUAUAUCAUAGUCUCCUGUUCACAUCAUGGCAUCUUUACUUUCGAUGUUAUGUGCUGUUUGUUUGUUUUU